AUGUCUGCCAUCUUCUUCUCGCUCCUCCCGUUCCUUUCGACGUGGAUCCUCACCACAUUCAUCGCGCACAAGCGCAUCUUUCCCCUCUUAAGCAGCGAGCCCCUGUCAAAAGAAGGAUUGCCUCUCCAUCACAAUGCGUCCACCAAGGCGACAAGACGAUGGACCCAGCCGACGGCAAAGCAAGUCGCCAGGCUGGUCUUCUCGACGAGCAUUGGGCUGUCAACGGUGCUCGUAGAACUCGUGUUGUGCGAAAUCGUGGACAUUUUGCAUCCAGAGGCGCGCGGUCUAGCAUUGCGACUGACGCUCAACCUCUUGUUGAUACUGAACAUCCUCGUCACGCCGGCGCUGGAGAUCCACAGCAUUGUGAGGACGCUCGUGGUGGGCGCGAACGAAAGCAUGUCGACGUCUAAGUCGCGUCCACGCUUACGACUCGUAUUGGAAGUGGCGACGUUAGCCGGGUGGCUCCUCGUGUUCUGGUACAUUCCUCGAGCAUCAAUCCUGCACAACACGCUGCAUGACGUACACGGAGGUGGUCAUGAUUCGAGCGAGCACGCCUUCAAAGAGGCUUGCUUGGAACGAAUAGGCAUCAUCGGCAUUUCGCUCAUGGCUUCCCUGUCCGGGUUCGCCGCCGUGUCGUCCCUGUGGCAGACCUUCGGCGUCCGACACCGCACGGUCAACGAGAACGACAUUUCGCGCAAAGAGGCCGGCCUGCUUGCCACACAGGAGAUGCUGUCGGCCAAGCAAAGUCGCUUGAGAGCCCUCAAACACAAGAUUGCGGAUACAUCGUCGGCGUCCGCGCGAGCAGGGCUUGUUAGUAAAGUGUUUGGGACAAUUCGUGGCAAUCCCGAUUUGCAGGAGGUGAAGAAUCUGGAGAUGGAGAUCUCAGGAUUGGAAACCAUGUACUUCGCCCUCUCCCAAUCGCUCUCGACUUUUCGAUCGCGCCGCGCCGAACAGCAGAGGUCCAAAAGGACGACAGGAAGACUCUUGAAUGCAUUCGGCACUGGCUUUGCUCUCUACUGCGCCUAUCGAAUAAGCGCCACGUCUUUCAGCAGCCUGAGACGUUGGUGGCAGCCUGGCCACUCCUUCGCCACCAGCGACCCGAUCAACAACAUCCUCGCUCUGCUCACCACCCACUGGGACAGCAAUCUCGAUCGCGCGGCAUGGUCACGACAGAUUUCCUUUCUUCUCUCUGGCGUCAUGCUCCUUGCCUCCUUCAGCGCCGUCCUGCAAACAUUUCACCUCUUCUCUCGCUUCUUCCCGCGCCUCGUCCAGCAUACGCAGACGUCCUUGCCCCUGAUUAUAUCACAGGUGGCGGGGACAUACGUGGUCAGUUCCACUCUCCUCCUGCGAAGUAACUUGCCAGAAGAGCUUAGUAGCGUGGUCAACGAUGCUCUUGGCGCGCCUCUCGAGAGCAGGUUCGUGGAUAGCUGGUUCGAGAGCUGGUUCCUGGCUGCGGUCGGUGUCACAGCGACUGGGAUAGUGAUUGGCAGAAAAGUGGGCGGAGACGAUGGCAUAUGGGAUGAUGACGAUGGCAUGGAUAUGGGCUCCAAGAUGAGCUAG